UUUCUUUAAGCAGGUUCAUAGUUCCUCAUCAUUUCUUUAUAUAAAAGUCAUUCCCCUCAUCAACCCCAUAACCCACAAAGUCUUUUCCCCAAUAUGGCUUAUCCUAAUCCUUAUCCAGCACAACCACAGCCCUAUGCCUCUGGUUCCGCCCCUAUGCCGGCGGUUCCAACCACCGUCAUAGGCCCUCAGUACUGUGCUCCGUACCCGGUUGAUCUGGCUGUGGUGAAGAAGGUGAUGACCAUCUCUGACGGCAACUUUGUAGUCACUGAUGUUAACGGCAACAUCGUCUUCAAAGUUAAGGGUUCUCUCUUAACCCUCCGUGACCGCCGUGUCUUGAUCGACGCCGCCGGUAAACCCAUCGUCACCCUGCGCCGGAAGAUGAUGAGUGCACAUGAUCGAUGGCAAGCUUUUAGGGGUGAAAGCACAGAAACCAAAGAUCUAAUAUUUACUCUGAAGAGAUCUUCCCUUAUUCAGUUUAAGACCAAAUUAAAUGUAUUCUUAGCCAAUAAUACCAAAGAAGAUGUUUGUGACUUUAAGGUUAAAGGUAGCUGGUUUGAACGAUCCUGCGUUGUUUAUGCUGGUGAAUCCGACACCAUUGUUGCCCAGAUGCAUAAAAAGCAUACAGUUCAGAGUAUUCUGAUUGGGAAAGACAAUUUCACAGUUACGGUGUAUCCCAAUAUUGAUUAUGCAUUUAUAGUGGCGCUAAUUGUGAUUCUUGACGAGAUUAACGAGGAUGAGAAGGUAGAUUAGAGGAAUGUUAUAAAGAAAAAUGUAUAAUUUUUAAAUAAGUGGUUAUGAUCAAAUAAUAUGAUCACAUGAUCACUUUUCCACAUAAGAGGAUCCACUCUUACGUCAAGAUCUAUUGUACUUUAUAUCAAUGGUACUAUAUAUUUCACGUGUAUUAAUUAUUUUAUGUAUGUCUCUAUAUUGGAUGAACCAUGAUAA